AAUAUCUUACUUUGCUUUGCUUCUUACUUUGCUUUAAGACAGUGACAUCAAUAUGUGAAAUUUAAAUGCAUAAUGUGCCCAUAUAACCUACAAACUAUGACUUAGCUUACGCAAACAAGGGUAAAGUUGAACGUUUAGUGUACUUUAUAAUAACAAUGGAGCGGAUUUGUCUUCGCCUGGUCAAACUUGACAUGUUGUCCAGCAUGAGGUCAUUACACUGGUUUGAUUGAGUGGUCAGAUGGUGUGGACAGAGACAGCGUCCGUCACUCUUCGCCUCUGCUCGGACUGAUCCCACGAGGACAAACUCAUCUACCUCUCUGAAACUAAGAGGAACUGUCACAGUUUCUCCUUCAUCUCUCUGUCUGAGAUCAAGACUCAGCAUCUGUAUAACAGCAUUCAGACCUCCGGGUCAUCCGUUCAUCAUUCAGUCCACGCGUGUUCACACCUCGGGCAGACUGAGAGCUUUACCUGCACCCCUGAUAUGGAUGGUGCUGAAGCCACUGCAGAAGCUCAUGGCCAUAAUGCUGGGCGGCAUGACAAUGUCAAGAUUCAUUGGACCCAAAUUGUACAGUAGUGAUUUGGGCAUCAUGAGGACUAAUGGUCAUGCGGAGCAGGCCAGUUUGUCUCAGGUGGUGGAGCUGUUGUCUCUCUGUUGUUUAACGGCGAUCUGGGGUCCAAGGGACAUUUUAGCUGUGCUGGGCCAGUGGAUUCAGGGCAAACUAGUGCAGUUCUUAUUUGAUCAGCUCCUCAGUCGUAAGCUGGAGGCAGAGGCGGACCAGGUUGGCCUACAACUGGCUGCCAAGGUGUGUGCUGACGUGAGGUUGGGUCCAGUGUUUUGGCAGCAGAUGGAGAUCUAUGAUCAGUUGAGAGGUGAACCCACCAUCCCUGAGUGGCUGUCCACACACCCUUCCCACCAAAACCGUGUCAGACAGUCGGACCGCCUCGUCCCUGAGGCUUUGGAGCUGCAUGCACGCUGUGACUGUCCCCCCAAAGCUGACCCCCGUGUCAUUUUUCACCAGGCUGUUAAAUUGCUUCUGGACAAUGCCAAAAACCAAGAAAAGAUUGCACAAGAUGAAAAGAAUGAGAAAGAGAGAGCUGGAGUCAUGUUGCCGUUCCCUCAAUCCCCUCCUGUCCCGACUCUGGGGUCUCAGGCUCAGCUGGGAGGAUUGCUGGCCACAUCCGCUCUGCCACAAACUCUGCUUAGUAAAUGAGACUUGAUGAAACAUGACUGACAGGGACAAAUUCAAGCUUUCCUUUUCACUUCUCUUUUUCUAGUGCAGUAGCUCUGAACAAGGCCUGAGAGGGUCGUUGGAUAGAACCAGGCAGUUUUUUUUAUCCAUUUGAUUAGCUGUCUCUUUGAUACCUACGUCAGUUAGUCUGUGAGAUGAUUUAAGUGGGAAUAUGUAGAUCAUUUGUGUGUGAUGCUUGAGUUUAUGCUCCUCCAAGCAUCCAUGGCAGUGCAGUCAUGUUAAUAAUGGAGCAAUUGUGAAUGGGUUUUUGAUUGGUUUUAAUGAUGUUAUUAGCAUAAGACCCCUGUGAAGCUUGAAUUGAUUAUGGUGUUCUGUACAUUAUUCAUUAAACAUCUGCCUCUGCUUUAAUGUCCCCUAUAGGUUUCAGGCUGUAAUGUAACUGCUGCAUAGCAGCUAAUGUCACUGCGUUUGAAGCUGUGUGGAGCAUUGGACACACUACAUUAUUUGGAGGAUUUAUCAAUGGGCAGCUGACACUAAAUCAGCCCGAUGCUUGUGUUCUUGACAAGUGUUAAGUUUAUUUUAAAUGCACUCUGUAUGAAUACUAUGAAUGUAAAGAAUAUGUGACAGUAAUUACAUAC